AUGAAUGUAACUGAGAAACAAUUUAGAGCUCAGACACAGUAUUUCAUGUCUGCCUCUAUGUCAAUUUGUAUUCAGGCGGAAAUGAUGAGAACAGUGCUGCCCGUUUGUCUCACCCUUUCCCUUUGCCGCCUGCUGUCCACUUUGGCCGCCCCAGAACAUUUCAGCCAAUCUUUUGUACUUCCUGAGGAGCUCUUUCACCCCCUCAGCGAGUCUAUAGACACGAUUUUCAACAUAAUUUUGCAAGAGACGGAGCAUGACCUGAUCAGCCAGCAAGUACCUCUACAGGCAUGCAGCAACAGCACACCCACCGUCAACAAUAACAAUCCUAAUGGCUUUAGGUGCCGGCGCGUUCUAAGCGGCGAACCGAAUGGAGCUCGAGACUUGCUGCCUUUCCUUCUAAAUGACGAAGAAGCAAUGAAACUGUGGCGCGCCCACUUCCAGCGCCACGUCAGGGACCUUAUGAGGGAGGCAUUACACCAGAGCGGUUCAGACACACCCCUGCACGGCCUUGUUCUGAAACAAUUAGCAGAGAUGGAGUUCUGGGGUAGUAGGCCAGCAGUGAGCCAAGGGGGGCUCCAGCACUUGAGACUGGAGAUGCAGCGCCACAAGUUGCAAGCAGCAGAGCGGGGAGAUAACCCAGAUCGCGCAGUCACUUGGGAAGCGGAGGUUUCUUCCCGUUUUAAAUACCAAAGCAUAAAGGAUGCCACGCGUCUCAUGGGCACAUAUCUCUCAUCACAUGAUAACCCAGAUAAGCCAACCGUGCCGUUGGGGGAGCCUCUCCCGGUCAAGCAAUUCCCUGCUUCUUUAGGACCCGUCAAGGAGAAAAGCUUUGACGCUCGAGAAGCCUUCUCACAGUGUAAGGAUGUGAUUGGGCACGUGAGAGACCAAGGAGACUGCGGCUCCUGCUGGGCAUUCGCAAGCACCGAGGCACUGAAUGACCGCUUCUGCAUCAAGACGAACGGACAAUUUUCUAUGCUGCUUUCCCCCCAACACACGACUUCAUGUUGUGAUCUGUUGCAUUGUUUAUCGUUCGGUUGCAAUGGGGGGCAACCGCACAUGGCCUGGCGGUGGUUCUCUCAUGAUGGUGUUGUCAGUGGGGGGGAUUACGACGAACUGCACACGGGGAAGAGUUGCUGGCCUUAUGAAAUACCCUUUUGCCAGCACCACUCUGAAGGUCCGUAUCCCGAGUGUAACGGUCCGAUCCCCAAGGCUCCCAAGUGCAGGAAGGAAUGCGAAGAGGCAGAAUACAGCACCAAGGUCAAGGCCUUCAAGGAUGACUUGCACUUUGCUACAACCUCGUACAGCGUUGAGGGAAGAGAUGAUAUCAAGAGGGAACUAAUGGAAAACGGAACGCUCUCUGGAGCGUUCCUUGUAUUUGAGGAUUUUUUAAUGUACAAGAGCGGGGUGUACCACCACGUAUCCGGGAGCCCCAUGGGGGGCCACGCCAUCAAGGUUAUCGGCUUUGGAAACCAAGAUGGGAAAGAUUACUGGCUCGCGGUGAACAGCUGGAAUGAAUUCUGGGGUGACAAAGGGACGUUUAAGAUCGAGAUGGGAGAAGCCGGCAUCGACAGAGAGUUCUGCGGGGGGGAGCCAAAGGUACCUCAGGGCGUGGGAUUCCUGCAGCAAUUAGCGCAAGAUUUGUAG